UAAAGUAUAUACAAGUUUUAGAACAUAGUGGUUUCGCCUACUUUUUUACACGUCAAAAUAUGUAUUAUAAUACCCGAGACACAGUUUCCAAGGUAGCAAGGAUUUGUCAGAGAGAUGCAUACUAUCAGACAUAUAUAGAUGCAGAAAUCGCUUGUCAAGUCGGAGGAGAGAGUUAUAAUAUUUUGACUGAUGCUGUUUUUGUAAAUGGCAUGGUCUUCGCAUCAUUUUCAAAGUCAGAUGGACUUUUCGAAAGUGUUAUUUGCUUUAAAGACAUACAACAGUUAAACUCUUCUUUGGUUGAUGAAAAGCUAAACUUUAUUGAUGGAAAUUGUACAUUAAAUGAAACACAGAGUUAUCUGGCUUAUGAACAAAAUAUGGAACAAUGCGAAAAUCUAAAAGGAAAUACUAGUAUAUUUUUUGAAGAAUUCAAAUGUGCUGCUGAUAUGCCACACCUCACACAUGAUUCCAAGCGUGUGAUUGGAAACAAAUCAAUUCUAUUCAACUAUAGUAUUCACAACAUUGAAGGAAAAAUUACAAAAUUGUUUACAACAAGCCUCAAUGGAAAAUCAAUUAUUCUAGCUGGUACAGAAUCAGGACAUGUGAUACAGUUUUCUAUCUUAGAAGAUGGUUCGCUGCAAAAAUAUGAUACUAGUAGAGUACCUUCUAGCAGCAGCAGAGAAGACAAUAAAAUUCAUGACCUGUACCACUUCCCCGAUGGUGAUGCCUUUUAUGCUUUAACAAAAUCCAAGAUUUUUAAAAUUAGUGCGAGGCCUUGUACUGAAUCUGACGUAUCGGUAUGCACACAAUCUGUAACAAUGAAGAUGAAAGACCCUCACUGCGGUUGGUGUGUUUUCAAAAACAAGCUAUCAAAAAAGUCUGAAUGUAAUGCCACAUGGAUUUCAUUGGAUAAGAAGUGCUUAAUUUCUAUUCGUCCACAGGGAGUAACAGUUGGGGAAAGAACUGUUGACAUUACAAUUACCUCUGACUCUCUCCCAAAUGCAAGUUAUAUCUGUGGAAUUAAUGGUGGUCAAGGCAAGGCUAGAAAAAACAGCUCUUCCCUGACCUGUUCAGUUAAUGUGUCAGAAAUUUCAGCAAAUCAUCGUUACACGACAUUUGGACUGUACGAAGAAACAAAAAAUGUUCUUGUCGCCGAAGCACCUUUUCUGUUCUUCAAUUGUUCAGUGUACAGCAAGUGUAGUACAUGUGUUGAAACAAUCAGUGGCACAUGUAGAUGGUGUGCUUCUCAAGGUCACUGCGAGAGUACAAAUACAACUACUCAUUGUGGAAAUCAUCAUUCAGUUAACAAUUCUUGUCCAAUGCUGAAACAAACAACGUUAUAUCUGCAUGCCAAUGUUGAAUAUACGUUGAAAUUAGAAGUUGAAAAUACAAUAAAUAUUACAACUGAUUUGAAGAAUCUGUCAGUAAAGAUUAACUCAACCAAUAUCGCCAAGCAAUACUGCCAGUUUUCAGAUGGAAAAGUUGAUUGUAAUGUUACAUUUAAGGCACGUUCUGAUGCAAAGACUCUGGAAAAUAUUGAAGUACAAUACGAAAAUCCAAAACGCAAAUGGAUUUCAAUUGAUGGAAAAAGUGAAGUUUUUGUAUACAAGUGUACAACAUUGUCGGAUAAUAUGUGUAACUACUGCCAAGCGUUGAACACGAGUCGUUUUAGAUGUAAAUGGGAUAAUGAGACCAAGUCAUGUACAUAUUGUUCGCCAUCUGAAACUUGUAGACAUGAAUGCCCACGUCCAAAUAUAACAGAGAUAUUGCCAAGAGAUGGUUUUAUAGGAAAAGGACUACUAAUUACUGUAACAGGUGAAGAAUUUGGAACAAAUGAAGAAAUUCGUGACAUACACAUCAAUGGCAAAACAUGCAUUAAUGAAACUGUACAAUUUAUACAUACAGAUAUAUCAAAGUCAGAUGAUUUCUCAAAAAAUAUAACCAAAGGGUUCAUCUGCAAGCUUGAUAAAAAGAAUGGGAACACAACUUAUUUCUAUCGUGUUAAUAGAACAGGUGAAAGUUUGCCAGUAAAUGAUGCCAUAAUACCAAUUUGGAAGAAUGCAACAAUCACUUCAAUUGAGCCUACAUCUGGACCUAAAGCGGGUGGAACGAUGAUCACAUUAAAAGGGGACAAUCUUGGAAUAGGCAACAGAAUAAUUUCCGAAGUUCGAUUCAAUGACAAAAGUCUGUGUAAAAGCCCAAAAAUUUAUCCUUAUUGCCCGGCGUGCAUCAGGACAGAGUCUGUGUAUCCCCCUUUUUCUAUUGUUUGUAAGACACCCAAUGUAACGAGCACAAGAUCGGAACUAAAACUAGAGGAUGUUACGGUUCCGGAAAGCCAAACAAUAGAACUGCUUGGGCAGCCGAAGUUUAUUCUUCUUGACAACCCUGUAAUCGAGAAGAUAUUACCACAGAAAGGAUUUUUAAGUGGUGGCACAGUUCUGACGGUGAAAGGGAAGAACUUGAAUACUGCAAAUGCUGGAACAGUUAGACUGGAAUACAAUUCUGAAGUAAAGGUCGAAAAAUGCGUGAUUGAUGAUAACUCAUCUGCGCAGGUGCUAUGUAAAAUACCGGCUGCUUCAACGGGUAUUGUUCAAGAACUUAAUGCGAAGACGUCUUUAAGUAUCAAUAGAAAGAAAAGAUCUUCACAAUGUGAUGAUUGUUUUACUGUCACAAUCAUUGUACAGUUGGAUGAGAUUGAACAUUCCUUUAAUUUAUCGUAUUUCCAUGACCCAUCUAUCAGCAAGUUUGAGGGCGUCUUGCUUUACCAAUCCGAUCAACAGUAUUUGGAAAUAAAGGGCGAAAAUCUUAACCUUGUUGCGGAGAUACACGAUAUAAAUGUAACGAUUGGAUUGGGUGAAUGUAAUGUUGUGGAGCUCACAGGCAGUUAUAUGCGAUGCAAGACUCCAAGUUCUCAACCGAAGCCGGGGAUACCGGGAGCUACUCUCCCUGAAGUUAACGUGACAAUAGGAAACAUUCAUACAACUGUGGGUUUCAUUCAGUACCAACAAAAGUUUGAGAACUUUCUGAUCAUAGCCGGAGCAGCAGCUGGAACUGCACUGUUUCUCCUUGAGUUGGUCGUAGUAUUCUUUGUCUGCAUGAAUCGGAAAGCGGGAUCCAAAGCAAAGGCCCUCGAAAAGCAAAUCAACGACCUUGAAAUGGAAAUCAAGCAGGUGGCAAAAGAAGAGUUCCUUGACAUGCAGACGUCCUUGUCGACAGUUAAUCGUAACCUCAUAGAGCAGGGAUUUCCCUACCACUCAUACCAACAGUUUGCGUGUAAUGCCAUCUUUGCUACUGAUUAUCUGAUGUCAGAUCCAGUAGUAAGUAGUUACAAGAUGUCGGAUGAGUUGCGGGCUAAUGCGAGGACGGGAAUGGAACGUUUCCGAGGUCUACUCGAGAACAAGUUCUUUCUCGUUUCCCUGAUUACGACUAUGGACAAACAGACACACUUCUUUAUCAAGGAAAAAUCCAACUUUGCUGGCAAUCUAUGCGCCAUCAUGAUGGGACGUAUGGACUACAUGCACGAAGUGUUACAAGUUCUGAUCACUAAAAUGGUUGUGGACCCUUCAUCCAAGAGAGACGUGAGGUCACUGUUCAGAAGGAGUGAGAGUAUCACAGAAAAGCUUUUGAGCGACUGGCUAUCCCUCUGUUUGUACCCUCACCUUAAGGAUCACACCGGCUCACUACUGUAUCUGUUGUACACCGCCACGAGGAAAGCGAUGGAAUCUGGCCCUAUUGAUGCUUUAACCAAUGAUGCAAAGUACACUCUGUCUGAGGAAAAACUGCUCCGGAAAUACCAAGGCUCGGCCACUGACGAGGAAACGACGGACGUGAAGUUUGAGGCUAAAGCGCUGACAUUGAACGUGGUGGUCAAUAACGGAGACGAAAUCUACCCAUGUAAGGCUCUCGACUGCGACACAGUCAGCCAGGUGAAGUACAAGUGUCUCGACCAGAUAUACGUCAACUACCCGGCCUCACAACUUCCUGUAGAUCCGACUGAACUUCUUCUUGAGUGGCAUGCUGGAUUCAAUGGACGUGUGAUACUGCGUGAUGAAGACAACACGUCAAAGCGUAAUUGGGGCUGGAUUCGUGUUAACACACUGGCGCACUACACAGUGGCCGAUCAAAGCAACAUUGCCCUCGUUGAUCCACGGAAUGCUGAGAUCAUUCAACAGGACGAUUACGUGGACUUGGCCCAUUUUAACAUUGGGUUCGAUGACCACAGUAUGGAUUUCGACCAACCAAUGACAUCCGAGGGUUCCACUUCGCAUGAUGAUGAACAUCCGAGGAAACUAAAACACUGGCAUUUGUUAAAGGAUGAAGAUGGAAACAAGAAGAAGAAAUCUGCCAUUGAUGAGCUGUACUUGAACAGGCUUAUCACAACUAAGUUGUCGCUUGUGAAGUACAUAGAUGACUUGUUCAGUCUGGUAUUGGAGAGCAGCAAAUGUCCUCCACCCGUCAAGUUCCUCUUUGAUUUCCUAGAUGGUCUUGCAGAAAAACAAAAAAUAGCACCCGACACACUACAUGCGUGGAAAAGCCAUAGCUACUUCAUUCGUAUCUGGGCAAUGCUAAUCAAUACACCGUCAAUUAUGUUCGACAUCAAUGCCCCGUCCUAUGUUUUGGAGAAUCUGGAUGUUAUUAGCCAAGUCUUCAUUGACAGUUUCAGUCUCACGGAGCAGGCCGUUUCAAAGGAAUCACCAACUCAGAAGCUUAUUUUCCGAAAUGAGCUGUCGAAGUACAGAACACAUGUUCAGGAGUUCUACAAGAAUGUACAAGUGAAUGUGCAGAAACCCGAUGAGCUGGGACAAUAUCUGACAAGUAUUAACAGAAACCAGCAGAAAACCACUUUCAACAAAAACGCAGCACUUUACAGAUUAUACGAACAGAUUAAGCCUUAUACAGCCGAGAUUCUUGACGACCUUUCGUUCUGCCAUGAGACCAGCUGCCUGCAGUUGAACAAGAAAUUGGAGAACAUCUUUGUGAUGAUGGAACAAUAAGACAGUGUGAUCUUUCUUUAAACUUAAAGGAAAGGGCAGAUUUGAACUCAGAUACUUUAUUAUAGUGAUUUCGGAUCACAAGAGUUUGUACAAAUAUUUCUUUAUGCAGUAAAAAAGCGAAUUGUUUCAGUACCAUUGUUACCUGCAGGGUAUGUUGAAUGAUGCAUACAGGAUUUACCUAAAGUCUCUCAUAGUUUCAUAUUCACUGCCAUAACUAUACUUUGCGUUAAACUGUGUCGUUUAUAUUAUAAUUGUUCAUAAUUAUUGGUCAUCAAUGUACAAGUGAGAGUAUUCCUUACUAUACCAAUAUCAUGUUAGAUGUAAAUAUUUUUUGUGUAUAUUUUAUAAUGUGCACGUUUAUAUAUUAAGUGUAUAAAGUGGUUUUUUUUAUAAGUAAUCAGUUUAUUAACAUAAACAGUUUUCUUACAAUGUUACUUAUAUUAAAUUACUUUUUUGUGAUAAACGUUUGUGUGUUUUGUAAUUACUGGUUUAAAGGAAUUUCUGUACAUGUAGCUUUUUAUACUUCGUUUGUUAUUUCUUUUGUAAUAAUAUCUGUGUGACGCAUAAAAAAGUCAUGUAAAUCACUCAUUCAUAUAUAAAAAAAUGACUUUUUCAAUGUACCCGAUUAGUUAUAUAUGCAUGUCCAUUCACAAAUGCAAAUGGUUUUCAAAUCCUUGGAUCUAUUAUGGUUAUUGCCAAAUCAUUUUUCUGCAAUCAAGCAAGCUAACGGUCUCAAUGAUAAAUGUAUAAUGUGAAUAUGAAUGUAAAUAAUUUUCAUGAAACAUUUAUAUAGGUUAUGAAGUACGCGUUAAAACUAGGACGUUUCGACUCAGUUAUUAAAACAUGUUAAGAUGCUUUUUGAGUACGGCCCCUGAUUUGACUACAUAAAGCGUUUCACAGCUACUCGAAUGACUUGAAAAACAAAAUUGUUAAGUAAUGGAAAUAUAAAUAUUGUGAUCAUCAUUAUUAUAUCUUGCACCUCACUCUCUCUGCCAAAGUUAUCAAGCGAUUUCACCGAUUUAAUCAGACUGAAUGAAACAUGUAUUUUUGUGACGCCUGCAAAGCAUGGCAGACACUGGGAUUACUUUGCCAUGCGUCGAUUUCUGCGUCGUUUGUAGCGUCAUUGUCACACAUUUGUUCCCGACCAAAACGCUUGAAUGACUUGUUGGAGAGUCUUUUUGUUUGGUUUGCACGCUACUCAUGCUCUGUAAAUAACCAUUAUUGAUCAGUAAGUCGAAGGCCAAAGUCAUGGUGACAUUUUUGAAAUAUAAUGGGCACGCCCGAUAGGAGACACAUCUGAUCCGGGUGUCCUAAUAUGUUUCCAACGUGUAAAUGGAAUACGGAAUACAGAUACUAAAUACGAAACAAUUUCUGCAUUAAUAUUUUGUUUUACAUACCUUUUUCUAUAAACCUAACAUAAAUACCCUAUUGUUUAAAAUCAGAUCAAAGAAAUAGUUAAAGCUUAGUUUAACCACCUUAUCAACGAACGCACCUCCAAUAUCAAGCGUACACAACAUAUCGUAAUAUCAAGAAUUUCAAUUGGAUACCAACGUUUUGUCACAUUUUGAAACGAAUAAGCUAUGCGUUGUUAAUUUAGAAAAUCGUUAUUAUUACUUCUCAGAUAUAUCAAUUCGAAAAGGGGAUCACACGCUACGUAUAUGUUGAUAAGAUGUGAUGUCUUAUGCUUGUUGUUUUUUAUCCAUGAUGGUUGUUUUUCAAAUUCAUCAGUGUGUCCCUUUUGUUUGGUGUUGUUGUUGUUUUCGUGGGUUACAAUACAUAUUUUGUUCAGUAUAUUAAUUUUCUGAAAUAAUUCCACAGACAUUAGAUAGUUAACACAACUAAAUAUUUGGCAAUGUUUUUUCGUCAUUCUUGUGGAUGUCUUCUUGUUAAUCAUGUGAAUAAUAAGUUUAACGUUCACAAAGUUUCAAGUUCAUUCAUUGUCAUGUCUUUGUAAAAAAGAUAAUUGCAAACCUCUGUAGU